UAGACUAUAAUGAUUAACCAAUGGAAGUGAAACCAAUGAUUUUAAAUCAUUGCUCUCUGCUGAUGGCUGUACAUUUAAACAUGGCAUUUCAUACGAUCAGACAGCGUGGCCAUGAUAUAACGUUAAUGGUUCUGAUGAUUGGGCUGUGGCCGACUGCGAUAUGUGAAGGUAACCUCUGCCCCAAUGAUGAAGUAAUUGAUGGAGGAUGGAUCAAGUGGCCAGAGAAUCGAGUGGAAAGAAGUGUGAUGACUUACAUUUGUCCCGUGGGAUUCCGGCCCCACCCUGUCAGCUGGAGAUACUGUGGCUCGGACGGGAAAUGGAGUCGUCUGAGAAAUACAUAUCGUGAAGUUGCACGUAGAGCAUCUUGCAAAGAACUAACUUGCCUUGCUCCUCAAUAUUUUGAGUUUGGAUCGUUCAAUCCUCAUAGAGAUGUCUACCGGUUCAAUGAAUCCAUCUCCUUUCAAUGCUAUGAUGGGUUCCAGCUAGUGGGACCGGCUUUAAGGACCUGUUUACCAAAUGGUCAGUGGACUGGGAAAGUGCCCAGAUGUUACACUGAAGGCACAUUAUGUCCCAACCCUGGAAUUCCUUUUGGUUCAAAAAGAAUGGGCAAUAGGUUUAACAUCUUAUCGAUUGUGCAAUACAACUGUCAGACAAACAUUUUACGAGGUUCAUCAAAACGCCAAUGCUUGCAAUCUGGCCAGUGGACUGGAGUGGAACCACGAUGUGAAAACAGAUAUGCUUUUGAUAACGUGAAGGACCUGGCAAGAGAACUGGACAUCUUGGAGUCAACAGUACGCACUAAUGACCUUACUCUUGGAUCUAAUGACAAGAAAAGGGUCGAUUUCUUCUUUGUCGUCGAUAUUUCAGCAAGUCUUGGGAAUGAAAACUUCAUCAAGACUUUUGACUUUGUUACGACUUUCAUCAAUAGGUUGUCAGAUUUGAAUGAUGUGGUCCGGUUUGAAGUUAUUGCAUUUGGAUCUGAUGCCAUAACAAUCACACACAUCAAGGACGAUCUUACUCAUGCGAGGGUGAUAGAAAAGAUUAAAGGUCUUAAAUAUGGAGACCUUAACAUUAACAGGGGGAGAACAACAGGAUACGCGCUGGAAAAAGUUUACUCCACCAUUAAUGAUACUCUACAUAGUGGGACAUGGAAGAGCAGGCCCGUGCCAAAACAAGUCAUUAUGAUCAUCACUAAUGGACAGUUCACUGGAGCAUCUUCACCUUAUUCAGUCAUGAAGAAAAUUUCCAACUCCCUCUCACAUUUGUCAAAUCGUCUAGAUGUCUAUGCCAUUGGAAUUGGGGGAAUAAAGAAAGAUUUUCUUGAAAGCUUGGUACCAGUGAAGGAUACGCUCGCACAUGGUCAGCAGUACGCCUUCUACUUCCCAACCUAUGAUUACCUGGAGGAAACGCAGGAGAAGCACAAAAUGAAUAGUAAAUUUGAUUGCGGUGUCCGGGGGAACUUGAUACAAGGACCAGUCGGGAGAAUAUUUGGUGGUGUCGAGUCGAGAGAGUAUGAUUGGCCAUGGCAAGUCAGUAUACGGUUACCAAAAUCAGUGCAGGAGUUCUGUGGAGGUUCAAUCAUCUCAGCACGUUGGAUUCUCUCCGCUGCGCAUUGCUUCAAUGAAACAAUGGGAAUGAUAAGUAACAUUACCGUACGAGUUGGUUCAAUUAGGAGGAUGGAUAGUUUGCAAACAUUAACUUUGGAAGAGGUGAUCUUGCAUGAAAACUUUGAUAGACCCACAAAGAUGAAUAACGACAUUGCCCUUUUGAAGGUUAAGGAAACCAUCACCUACAGUUCUCAUGUGAGGCCUGUUUGUUUGCCUUGCACCAAGAGGAGCGCACAACUACUUUCUUCACCUGAGGCCAAUUGGAAUAAAGCUUGUCAAUCUGAAGAUAUUAGGUUGACAGGUGACGGUGGAAGAGAGGCGACAAAGCUCUCGGGUUACGUGACCGGGUGGGGAUACUACAGGAAAGCAUCAAGGAUAUCGAGUAUCAACCUGCGUCACGCUCAAAUAAACAUUCAGAAUCGUCUUACAUGUGAGUCCCCAUUUCCACUGACUGAAACCAUGUUCUGCGCGAGAGGCGAAAAGACAGAUAGCUGCCAAGGAGACUCUGGUGGGCCCUUAGUCUUGGAGAGAAACCACCGGUGGAUCCAGAUUGGCAUCGUCAGUUUUGGAAAAUCGACUACCUGUGGACAGGACAUCAUGGGGAUUUAUUCCAACGUGCCCAAAUUGAUGAGCUGGAUUAAAGAGAGAGUAACAGAUGUGGAGUAUGAAUAAAGAGUCAAGAUCACAACACGAACAUCCCAUGUGCAGGAGAGUUUCAUGUCAGAACCCCAGUAAAUUGAAGGAAGCAAGUCGACUGAUCCACGCGUCAUCCCAUAUAUCUUAGAUGUGUGAAUAAUUACAUUAAGUUAGCAGCCAGAGGAAUUUACCCCCCCCCCCCCCCAGUGUGAUGCAACCAGCAAGACUGCACUACUAAAAAGAAAAGUGUUUCAUGCAGAAUGCAGGCUAUACACUGAGAAAAAAAUCUUCAUAAUGUCCAAUAAAACCACUACUUUGAUA